AAAAAGAAAAAAAGAAUGUAAGAGCAAAAAAUUAGAUUCUGUUUGAUCAUACAGUUGUCAAACAAGGUGAAACCCCCAUUGAAGCUUUUGCAGAGUGUUUUAGGUUUAGUUAAGAAUGUCUGAAUCCGAGGCUAAAGCAAUGUCGGAAGAUGCAAAGGAGAUGAGAUCCUUGGCAUUGACUCCCACUUGGUCCAUUGCUUCCGUAUUGACCGUUUUCGUCGUCGUUUCUCUGCUUGUUGAGCGCUCCAUUCACCACUUGGGUAAUUGGUUGAAGAAAACCGAUAGGAAACCUCUGCUAGCAGCUAUGGAGAAAAUGAAGGAAGAAUUGAUGCUUCUUGGCUUCAUAUCACUCCUCCUUACAGCAACUUCAAGCCUUAUAUCUAAUUUUUGCAUACCGUCAAAGUACUACCAUAGUGCGUUUGUGCCGUGCACUAGGCAAGACGUUGAAGAGGAAAGGGCAAAUAACACCUUGAAAGAUCGUAAACUCUUGAUGGCCUUAACUGAUCCUCAACCGUAUAGGAGAAUUCUGAGUGAUCUAAACAUCAACACCUGCCGAAAGCAUCAUGAACCAUUUGUUUCUUACGAAGGCCUUGAGCAACUCCACCGAUUCAUCUUUGUUAUGGCAAUUACACAUGUAUCUUACAGCUGCUUAACAAUGUUGCUCGCAAUUGUUAAGAUCCACAGUUGGAGAGGAUGGGAGGAUGAGGCUCACAGAGACCGAUACAAUUCAUUGAAUGAAAUCACCAAAGCGUUGACAAUGCAAAGGCAAGCGUCCUUUGUCAGAGUUCAUACAUCGAACCGUAGAGACAAUAACAGAUUUCUUGUUUGGGUGACUUGUUUUAUCCGACAAUUCGGGCGUUCGGUGGUCCGUGCAGAUUACCUUACACUCCGCCAUGGGUUCAUCACGAACCACAACCUUACACCAAACUAUGAUUUUCACAGCUACAUGAUUCGAUCCAUGGAAGAAGAAUUUCAAUGUAUAGUCGGCGUUAGUGCCCCCCUCUGGGGAUUUGUUGUAGCUUUUAUGCUGUUCAAUGUGAAAGGGUCUAAUCUCUAUUUCUGGAUUUCAUUAGUUCCUUUCACGCUUGUCCUAUUAGUGGGCACAAAACUGCAGCAUGUUAUAGCAACCUUGGCAUUAGAGAGUGUGGGAAUAAGCGGGAGUUUUUCUCGACCUAGGUUUAAACUUCGUAACGAAUUGUUUUGGUUUAAUAAGCCGGAACUAUUAUUGUCCUUAAUUCAUUUUAUCCUUUUCCAGAAUGCAUUUGAGCUUGCUUCUUUCUUUUGGUUCUGGUGGCAGUUUGGGUAUAACUCGUGCUUCAUAAAGAACCAUUUCCUCGUCUAUCUACGACUAGUUUUGGGGUUUGCAGGGCAAUUUUUAUGCAGCUACAGCACUUUGCCACUCUAUGCGUUAGUUACUCAGAUGGGAACAAACUACAAAGCAGCACUAAUCCCAAACAAUGUACGAGAGACAAUUCAUGGAUGGGGUAAAGCAGCUAGGAGAAGGCGGAGAUUAGGCGGUUUUGGAGAGGAUUCGACAGUUCACAGUCACACAGACACGAGCACGGUUAUUUCAGUUGAAGAAUACGAAGAUGAAUUCCUAGAUAGCCCUCGAUUCGGGCCUAAAACUGCAGGUGCAGAAAUCGAGCUACAGCACCCGAACACUAUUUUCAUCAAUGAUGAGAUUUCCGGCCGGGCUGGUACGACUCUGCAUAGGCCCUCCUCUUCCAUAUCUCCACCGGGGCCUGAUUUGGUACAAAGAUCGUCCUCAUUGCCACGGUAAUAGAUAAUGUAUUUACACAGUUAAUUAUUAUUUAUAGACUCGUAGUUGACAUAUAAUUAUUGUUAUAGAUGGAAAAAGAAAAGGGCAUCGAUCGAUAAGCUGAUGUUGUUGUAUGAGAAAUCUUUCAUAUUUUUUUUCUUCACUCAAGUGUGAAUGAAUAUCGUACAGUUAUUUGUAAUGAAGUAGCCUAUAAUGUGUACUUGUUGAGUAGAUUCGAGCCAUGUGUGACAAACUCUAUCUAAAAAAGUUUGGUUAUAG